AAAAACAUGAUCCAUUUAACUGGACAAAAUUACAAUUCUCGUGAUAUAGUGCAAAAUAUAUUCUCACCAUUGAUUGGUGUAUUGUGUAGUCCCCAUGCAGAUGAGGUGUGUCACCGUAAUAAUUUGUCGUUUGCGGAAUUGUUGCAACCCUUUGCCAAAUUGCAAAAUGAUGCCCACUUUCGUGAUGUGACGGGCACCAGUGUGUCCAUACGUGGCCUGCGUUUGAAUUUUUGCGAUGUCGACUGGAGGCCACCACAAACGGUGCUGGCCCGUAAAAUGCUCAAUGAAUCGGUGACAAAUGCCCACAAUGAUAAAACGAAAAUUUUACAUUUAUCCGAUAUCACUCUUGAAGUGCCCACAUAUGAGCCAUGGUUUGAAAAUUGGCGUGAAACAUUUUUAACGGUGCAAUUCCCAGCUGAUCAUGAAUUCACCAGGCAUCUGUUAAGCUGUCUUAUCGUCUUGUCCAGCAGUGAACCGAAUAUUGUAGAAACCGCCCACAAACUAUCGCAACGUGUCCAUCAAAUGCAGAGCAUAACACCGGCACAAAAAUUACCCAAAUGGUUUCAAUCGGCAGAUGUUCUCAAUAGUUAUGUGGUACUACACGAAGGCGGUACUCAGGGUGAUUUGUCCAAAGCUCAACAGGGCUAUGAAAUGCUCAAAUCAACUUUUGGUGAUGCAAAAUGCUUCCUCAUACAAUUGAAUUCCAUGGAUGUCCAUGUGGGUGGGGGUGGUGAGGUGCCCGAUUAUUGGACACCAUUUCUAAAACGGCAACCCAAAACGGGUGAGUCGGGUCAAAGUGCUGGUGGUGGUGGUAGUCUUGGUGAUCCAUUGAGUGGUCAUAAAACACCACAAGAUGGUGUAUCAAGCAUUGCCAUGCCUGCUAUGCAAAUGUCUUUGCUUAGUGAGGCUGUCAACAGCACAACAGAGAUGACCAGCAGCAGCAGCAGUGGUGCUGGUGCUGCUGAUAUGGGAAGCAUAUUACAUCCCCUAAGUCCGGUACAAGAAAAUGCCACAGAGGCCAUAAAUUCUAAAUUUUCCAUAAGUAGUGAAAGCAUUGCCUCACAAACCAUUAAUCCAAAUGUAUGGAUGGGUGAUUUUGAUGCGCCACAUGGCCAGUGUUUAAAUGCCAUGGAUGUGGAGAAUAUCAAACAUUUUGUACAGGAUUAUGCGGUAAGGGCAUUAAUACCCUAUGUCGAGCGUUUGGUGGGCAUAUUAACGGAAGCGGUCACCAACAAAAAGGGUGUGAGUAAGUCAUUGCUCAGUGCCACCAAACGUUGGUUUGUAACCAGUAAACCCGGUGCAAGUGCCAGUAAUCAAAAUGCUGUUAUAUAUACCCAUGAAUCGGCCGAGUUACAGACCCGCAAACUGGGUGAUCUCUAUUUUAUGUUUGGCCAUUACAAUAUGGCCUUUCAGGCCUAUCAUCAAGCCAAGCGCGAUUUCAAUGCCGACUCGGCUUGGCAGUAUUAUGCUGGAGCUUUAGAAAUGGCUGCCCUCUCAGCCUUUAUGUUGGGAACGGCCAAUCGCAAAACCUAUGAUUAUAUGGAGGAUGCAAUUGUUUGCUAUUUGAAUACCUGCAAAUUACAACAAUUUGCCACCCGGGCCACUCUCCUGAGCAUGGAAUGUUUAAAAACGGCACGAUUAUACGGUGAAGCAGCUAAACAAUUAAUACGUAUGACUAGUGAAGAAUCAGAUUUGCGUUCGGCCCUGCUAUUGGAACAGGCGGCCUAUUGCUUUUUGAACUCUACACCAGCCAUGUAUCGUACCUAUGCCUUUCAAAUUGUCUUAUCUGGCAAUCGUUAUUCUCGUGCCGGUCAACGUAAACAUGCCUAUCGUUGUUAUGCUCAGGCCUAUCAGGUGUUCCAGCAAAAGGGUUGGAGUCUGGCCGAAGAUCAUAUCCAGUAUACAAUGGCCAAACAGGCGUAUAUGUUGAAGAAAUUGGAAGAGGCCAGUCGUUCGUUUGCCCAUCUGCUAAGGCCGGGUAGUUUGCAAAAUGGCCAACAACAAUUGAGUUUUUUAAAAGAGUUUAUACAAACGCAAAAUGAAUUUGUUAAACGCCACCCUGAAAUGGGUUUAAUACCACAUGCAUUGCCACAAGUAGUCCAAGAUUCCAUUAAGGUAUUGACAUUAUCACCACCCACUGUGGUUACACCCCAUUAUAUACCAGCCACAAAUAUUGACAUUAAUACUGAUUUAAGCGAUGAAUCGAUUUGGCAUAAAUUGGAGGAAAUGAUUGUGACCACAGCCUCGGCAAAUAAACCAUUGGUAUUUAAACCAUCACGUAGUUUAUUUACCAAAGAAAAUCCAACACUGGAAUCACCAUUGGCAGUGCAAGGAGAACCCAUUGAAUUAUCGGUGACCAUAACCAACACCAUUGGCUGUGGCAUAAUAUUCAGUAAUGCUGAACUUUUGUGGCGUCUUAAAUUGGACAAUGAUGAGGAGCUGAAUAAUAUGUGCCUGUAUGAAUCGACAACGGAAAAUCUAAACACCACAGCUGUUAAGGCCGCCAUCAAAUCCGGCCCACCGCAAUCUGUACAAUUGGAUGAAAAAGCUUCACAGACGCUGUAUUUUAAAUUGACACCCAAACUAACAGGGCGCCUUACAAUUGUUGGUAUUGUGGGCCAGGUGGCAUCGGCCGUCGAACCCAAUGCCGCUCUCUUGGGUUCAUUACAAUUUGAAACACAAAUAUUGAGGGCCGCUGGCAAUAAGCCACCUGCAUUUGAUCAGAAACUAAAUGUGCGAAUCAUACCCACCCUGCCAUCGUUGAGUGUUAGCUUUUCGGCCAUACCCAGUGAUUUAUUGGCCGGGGAAAUAAUACCCCUUACCGUAUCGUUCCGCAAUGAAAACAUUAAACCCAUUGAAGAAAUCUAUUUGGGUUGUGACAAUCCACGUUGGCUAACGCUGCAGGAUAAGGACGAUAAGAUACCAUUGUCGCUGAUGAGUUCCAUCAAGGACUUGUCCAAUGAAAAAUUGGUCAAAGACAAAGAAAUCCGCCAACAACAUGUAUUCCGUUUAUUUAGAAAUAAACCCACACCGGCUUUGAAGGCUCAAGAUUCCACCACUCUAACUGUGUGGCUACAAGCACCCUAUGAAAAGGGUGAAUUUACGUUGCGUUUAUUAUUCUAUUAUGCCCUGCCGUCAGAAAGCUCUGCUGCUGGUGGUAAUUUUUUGAAAUAUCGUUUGGUCCGUCACAAAUGGCAAUUUAAUAUACACGAUGGUUUACAUGCCGAAGCCGCAUGUGUCCUCAGUAAUUCGGCAAAUGGUGAAUUGGGUAUUAAUCUGGAGGUCCGCAAUGAAAAUAAAAUGCAUCAUCCCCUAAUGGCGGAAUUGUAUGUCAAUACGCUGGCCAUGUAUUGUGAAAAAUUCCAGCUAAAUAAGGAUAAGCUAUAUGCCAUUAAUCGUAUGGAAAUUUCUUCGGGUUUGCUUGGAGGUAACAAAACGGCCAGUUACCAAUGUCGCCUAAUACCCAACAGCAGUGAAUCACAAAAUAAACCAUUACCGGAAAAUUUACUUAAAUCACGUCUCUCCCAUUUGCAAAUGCAGCCAACCACCACCGCACAACAACAGCAACUUGAACAUAAUAUACCAAAAAUGUUUGAAUUAUAUAGUUUCCUGGCCAAUCAUGAAACCGUGUACUUUAAUGCCAGUAUCACCACAGAAGAAUUCAAUAACAUUGUGGCCUCAUAUGAACCACAUACUACAGUGGCUAUCUGCUGGACAGCAGCUAUUGUACAAAAUUCCAUACAACGUCAGGCAUAUGGUCAACAUUUUAUCCAAUUGAAAACCAUAUACGAAAGGCGUUCAUGUCCAUUGCAAACCGAUGAAAUUAAACAAUUCAAAAGCCAGAUGGAUCGGGAUCAGCAGCAACACUUAAAUAUACAACAAUUUUGUGAUAAACAUCCAAUGGAAAUCAAUAGGAUAUUAUUGGCCAAUAUGGUGGAAAUGGGAGAUAAGGCGGCAACAACAAUUGAACGUUAUUUGCCAUUUGGUGAUGUGACGGGGACGGCCGGCGAAGAUGAUGACGAUACGGAUGAUUUUUGGGAACCCAAUGAAAUGUAUGUCGGCCAGAGAUGUUUACUAGAAGAUGAAGGGUUUUUGUUAGCAGGUAAGGCCUAA